CACCUACAACAGCUAGUGCAUUCCUUAUUUCCUAAGCACAAGAAUACGAAGAAGUGCACAUCCCUCCAUCCCAUGUCUCAAAAGAUGUUGCCAAGGCAGGCUAAGAUGCAGGGCAAAGGAGGCAUUCAAACUCCCCAUAAUUCUUUUCCCUUUAAUGGCUUUCUCUUCUUUUCUUUUCUUUAACUCCCCUCUUCUUUCUAGUUUUACGUGAUUCCCUUGUUCUUCGCGGGCCAAAGUGCACUAAGAAUCAAAGGCACAAAGAUAGCUCACCCUCGGUUUCAGCAUCCCCUCCACACUUCACUAUAAAUACCCCUGCACAUACGCACCUUGCUGCAUCACCAUUUCACUUCAUAGCACUUCCUAGGACCCAGCAACACAACAGCCGAGCUUUGUUUAGGCAAGAUGAACAGGAAGCCAGGAGACUGGGACUGCAGGUCGUGCCAGCACCUCAACUUCAGCCGUCGGGACAUAUGCCAGCGCUGCAGUGAACCACGCGGAGUUGCUGAUCGUGGCAGUGGUGGUGGAGGUGACUAUGCCAACUUCGGUGGCCGUGGCGGUUCCUCCUUCGGAGGUGGCUUUGGUGCUGGCUCUGAUGUCCGCCCUGGUGACUGGUACUGCUCCUGCGGUGCACACAACUUCGCCAGCCGCUCCAACUGCUUCAAGUGCUCUGCCUACAAGGAGGAGGCUGCUGUAAACAGUGGUGCUGGUGGCUUUGAUAGUGACAUGUCACGCUCACGGGGCUAUGGCUUCGGCAGCGGUGCUGCCCGUACCAACCGCCCCGGUUGGAAGUCUGGAGACUGGAUCUGCACCAGGUCUGGAUGCAACGAGCACAACUUUGCUAGCAGGAUGGAAUGUUUCAGGUGCAACGCACCACGGGACUCCGGCACUGAGGCGUAGGAGCCAAGUUUGCAGCGUCGUCGACGAAGCGGAAGCAGCAAGAAGAGAGGAGUCCUCAGCUCACAUCAUAAGAGAGUAGUAGAUUUGCAAAAGACAUCCUUGAUGCUCUAUUACUAGUUUUGUUCUACCCCUACCGUAAUUUCUUUUAGAUUUGGUUCGUUCUCAUCCCCAUUUGGGACAGUACCCCCGGACCUAUUAUGUUUGCUGUUUUAUUUCCGUUGGUUCAUCUCCGCAUGUUUGCGCUUGGAAUCGAGUCAUGUGAUGUAACCCCAAAACGCUUGCUUCACAAGUAUUAACUAGUACUGUUGCUUCUUAAUAUCUCGGGGCGU